GUUCCAGUCUCGUCGCAUCGUAUUUUUUACAAUCAACUCUGUUUGCGCUUGUCUCUUUACAAUCCUCGAGGCGUGCGAAAAUCAGAAAAACUGCUCUUCUCCAAAAAACGCCAGAAAUAAGACAUUCUCAGCGUCUUCUUUCACUUUCGGUGCUGGAUUCUAUAUCUACUUACACAACCUUUUCCCAUACGUCUCCUGUAUGUGGAUCACAAAUUCGCGGCAGCUCGAUGAACUCGUCUUUGUUCGAUCCGAUUAGGAGGUAGUCGUGCUGAUAGAAGAAGCACUGCUAGUGCUGUUACUGACGGUCCCAACCAAGCCUUUGUGCAACUCGAAAUAGCGCACCAUGAUGAGAGAAGAUAUAAAGGAGUCACAAUGAUCAUGACGGUUGAGUAGAAAAACAGUCGUGGCAGUCGUAUCUGCGUAGUCCUUUCUACUUCUGGCAUCGUCAAAGACUCGCUCUUCGCGUUGAGAAGAUAUAUCGAGGGAGAGGCAAAUGGAUUUUCGAAAAAACUGCUAUCUCCAAAGAGGCUUUUCCGUUUCAUUAGAUUAGGGUAGAAAUCGGUCCUAGAUACCAGAAUAUCACAAGGGAGUUCACUAUUUUCUCAACCCCCCUUCUAAUCGACAUUUAGAAACAAGAUAGAAGGACAAGCACGAGACCAAUACCGGAAUAUAGAAAUAAGACGUUCUUUCGAACAUAAAAACAUAAAGAUGGCUGCUCUGGAGCUUCAAGAGAGCAGACCUAUGGAGGAGGAGAUGAAUGAAACUCCUCCUAGUCGAAAUUUCCAAGAAACGGACGUCCUCCAGCAGAGUUCCUCAGGCGAAAAGAAGGUCGAGAAAUUCAUCAACAUCCUCAACUGUGCAGGCAAUAUACUCGCCAAAAUCCCUGUGAGAAACGUAUGUCGCAGAACUGAGGAUAUGAAAGUUGAAGAAGAUAUUCAAGAUCAGAAAGAGAGCUCAUCAUCUUGCACCGGUACUAGUGCUCGUCAGGACAAUUUCAGAGGCGAUAGCGAUAGGGUACUAGUAGCAAGCUCUGCAGUCAAUUCGAUUCUUAGUCGUUGCGGAUUGCCUUCAAUUAAGGACGAAUGCCUGCAGAUGAAGGAGGAUCGUCGGUUGUCGGUGUCAUCAGUGUCGACAGAUGCGACUACCACGGCUGCAAGUGGCAACAAUGAUAAGCAAGAUGCGAUGAAUGAGGAGGGCAACCACGAAGAGACAAAGGAGUUGUCAGCAGCUGAUAUCUGGAUGCCUGCUUUGCGUGCGGUAUUCAAGCGCUUUUUGUUGUGUGAAUGUGCUGACGUGAAUCGCGAGGUUUUGAAUCUAGUACAAGACGAACUCACUCCCGACGUCACCAACUGGGUCGGUUAUUCUCGGCGAACGAUCUUUGAGAGCACUGCAUUGGUAAAACGUGUGACGAUUUCUACUCUGAGCGCGCGUCCGAGUCCGGCACAGAGACCAGCGAUGCUGGCGGAACAGGGGAAGACUAGAGCUGGUGACGCGUCCUCGUCUAGGAGACAGCAGGUGAAUGAUCAGGAGGUAGUGGCUGCAGACAUCGCUGGUGAAGGAGGGAACGCUGCUGACGCUCACCGGAACAACGAUGCUGAUGAAAAACAGGAACAAGACGAAAAUCCGCUUCAGAAUCAGAGUGAGACGAGUAGCGGCGUCGCAGAUUCAGACGACGACUUUUUUUCUGCGCUCCUUCGAGACGAAUCCAGUUCUAGUUCACAGGAGAAAAAGAACACGAUCAGUUCUAGUGGUAGUGCUAAUCAAAAUAUAUCUUCUUCAUCCUCAACAAAAACCACCGCAUCAUCUUCGCGUAUGACCCUAGAUAGCAAUGGGUGUACACAGGAGGAGAUCACGAACUGCAAAUUACGCAUCUACAUCGAAAAGAGCAAUCGCGCAGCUUGGCUAGAGUUCGCCUACGAGGUGGAUGGUUGGCCGAUGAAGAAAGAGAGGCCUUUGGCUUACAACAACAACGAUAUUCGAGCAGUGCGGAUUGUGAAGAUUAUGGUGGAAGGACUGAAUCAGGAUCGAUUGCGACAAAUUUUUGAAGUUUUUUAUUGACUUGUUGAUCAACACCUUCUAGCUCCGGUCUGAAAAGAGUUUGAUCUUCUCUUUGAGAAUUUUUUGCUCCUGAACCUGAUUUAUUAUUUGAACUCAUUCCUGGUCUAAACAAAGCACCUCUUCUGCGACCGCUUUGGAGUUGGAUUUGGUCACAGCACUCGGCUUCAUGGGUCAGACGUGUCGUCCUCGGAAAUUCGUCUUCUUUUUUUCCUGUGGGACUGACCGCGACGCUUUUCUCUCCACGCUGCAGUCUUUGCGGAGCUUUCGUUUCGGUCAAGAAGACGGCGUCCUAGUCGAACAUCAAUAUCACGAGUGGAAGCUAAAUGUGAAUCAGAACGACGAAAGUCUCAGUGUCUGGGACCGUCGUGACGAACUAUGCCGCAUCGUCAAGAGCGAAGAAAUUCAUACACGGAUGAAAGAGCUGGUAUUGGAACGAUCGAGCAUUUUGCGGGAAGAGGAAAUGUUUUUUUCGAAAAAUUUAGUAGAAGGAGCAGAGCUGCUAGAUCAUGAUCAGGAACUCAAGCAUGAAACUGACGACAUCGGAAAAGAUAGGUUACACGAAGAGGCGAUGUCCUUGUGGCGCAAGUUUGAUCUUUUCGAAGGUCUACUAGCCAAUUUACGGAAUGUGGACUUGAUGCCGGCUGAGGAAUUCGGCUGCAUGGCUGUUGAUGGCGCCGAAGACGAAGGAGAAGCAGAAAUGAUAGUGGAAAACUUCUAUGCAAUCGUACCAAUUAUUGAUGGAGGUAGUGUUUGAAAAAAUGACUAUUCAAUUUUGCAAGUGAAAUGUAAGGCUGUAGUUCAUGUUUGUUUUUUGGGUAGUGAAUUUCUUACCCUUACGUGUAGUUUUGGCAAUCAUUUUUGCAAUGUCGUACUUGAUAAGCUGAAGCUACUGGUGGGCAUGGGCUAGACGUACAUUAUAAGAACUUUUUUUUGAGAGUCCAACUAUGCCGCCAUAUGAUGCAUGUAAGAUUAAGAUGCGAGCUUUUUUUCUACGGAUAGGAGUAUGAAUAUGAUCUUGAUCUUUUUCAACGAAUAUGAAUGAAGUAAGUACUUGCUUGAUAGUAGAACAAGAUAGCUGUAAGAAGUCUAAGAAAGAAAGUCGUAACAAAGAAUAUCGCGUUCAGUGCAAGUCAGAAAUACCUUUGGUAAUGGUAGCAUUAUACUUGUGGAAAUUCGGAUAUAUACCAAGUUCUUUUAUCUAUCGGAUUGAGUAGACGGUCGAGGAUAGGAGUUACAGGUCGUUGAAUCAAUGAUAUUCGUGAGCUACAGCAUGUUGAUUUCUCUCAUCGAGAAGAUGUUUGCUCAUUUUUGUCUUUUUGCAGUACUAGUUUUAGUUAUACUGGACUAGUAGUUCUUGGCCUCUAAGUAUAUUCGAAGAAUGUAGUUGCAAUCGAGCAGGUGAUAAAUGAGUUCAUGGGUAGCUAA